UCUAAACAUAGUUGUUAAAUAAACUAGGAACAUUCUCUUUAAUAUUGGCAAACUGCCAUUAUCUCUUUAUGUUAGUCAAUGAUUUUAUCAGAUUUACACCAGGAUGUCUAUACAUGUAAUUGAUGAUGGUUUCUGCAUUUUCCAUUCAAGAGCAAAUUGGGAUAAUAUAACUAGAUCAUUUUGUAAUUAAUUAAUUUGAUUUCGAAAGGCUGUUUAAUAAUUUGAGAAAACCCAGAGAAAAGGCUGUGCAGCAUGCAGCUUACUCCUUUUGGUAGGACCCAAUGUAGUAUUGGAAACUAGGAGACAUGGGGGUGUAGUAAAACUGCAUAAAGAAUUUAGCCAACAUGGCAGCGCCGUCAGAUCAAGAGGGGUAUGAGAUAUUUUUGAAAGAAUUAAACGAUAUUGAUAAUGCUAAAGAACAGGGUGAAGAAGAUGAGGAACUGCUCUCCAAAACUCCUGAUGAGGGUGAAAUAGAAGCAGAAUGGCUGAAGUCGGCCGGAUAUGGUUUUGUGGUUAAUAAACUUCAAGAAGGGAAAGAUCUGAGUGAUGAUGAACUGGAAGCCUUAACAUCAUCACUGACGAGAAAACAGGCACAGGCGGUACAGCGUCGUGUGGACACUCUGAGUACUACUAUGAGAAAACGGCAGAAAGCUAAUCAGAAAGUUCAUGUUAGAGAUAUAUUUAAUAAUCCUGAUGAACAGGGACAGACACCUAUGGUACAAGAUCCUCCUUCUUCCCCAGAUGUUAUCAACAAUCAACCCCCACUUAUCAGUAAAAGUAGUGGUGGUGGUAAAGGUCGAGAUAGACCAUUUUUAAAAUUAGGAAAUUACUCGAUGUCAGGAUUAAAUACCUUGGAAGUUCAAGACUAUCUUGAUACUGGUGUAAAGGCCAUUAGUUUUAAACCACGAAAUACUUUUGGUAAAAAGAAGGAUAUAUUAGAUGGCCGUGGUGGAAUGUUACCAGUUAUAUCAGAUGCUGAAAUAUCAGAUUUUCAUAUACAAGAAGUACAGAGUGCCAGCAGGGUAGAACUGCCUGUUUUUGAAACAAAGCCACAUACAAGUGGAACAAUAAAAAUAGGUGAUAUUAGUUCAGAAGAUAUGGUUAAAAUUCGUUCUCUAGCUCUCAUAGAAUUAACAGCUCUCUUCGAUUCCUGUAAUAUCACGUAUAGUAAAUUUAAACGAAAAAUAAAAUUUAAAGAUCAUGGUUUAUUUGGUGUUCCGUUACAAACUCUGGUGGAACAAGAUCAGAAACGAGGUUCUACAAGUCAAGUGCCUCAAAUAUUUUCUAUGUUAAUAUCACAUCUAGAGAAUGAUGGAAUAACUUCAGAAGGUAUUUUACGUAUACCUGGUGCUGUUACUAGAGUUAAGCAACUUAGACAUGAACUAAAUGAGAAAUUUUACAGUGGGCAAUUUCGAUGGGAAGAAUUUUUACCACACGAUGCUGCAGCCAUAAUGAAACAAUUUUUACGAGAAUUACCUGUUCCUCUUCUAACCUAUGAUUAUUUAGAUGCAUUCCCUCAAAUAGAACAUUUAAAAAGUUCAUACGAAAAGUUAAAUGCACUUAAUUUAUUAAUACUAUUAUUACCAGAUAGUCAUAGAGAUAGUUUAAAGUUAUUGUUAAAAUUUUUAAGAAAUGUUGUCUCCCAUAGCAAUGAGAAUAAGAUGGGUUUAAAUAAUGUUGCUAUGAUAAUGGCACCAAAUCUGUUUUUGGCACCAACCAGUCGGAGUAAGACAAAAACAGUGGAAGAAGUGGAGUUAAAUCGUGCAGCAGGAACGUCCAAAAUAAUCACCAUGUUAAUACAUUAUCAAGAUAUAUUAUGGACGAUACCACCAUCAUUUAUAGAUCAAGUUCGUCAUCAGUAUGAGGUAGAUCAGAAAGCCAAAAGUCGAGAAAACAGAAUUAAAAGAUUCUUAAAGAAAGAUAAAGGUGAUAAAGGUGAAGCCUAUAAAAGAUCUUCUUCUCAAGAGCCGGAACCCCAGGAGGGUGUAAUUAGGGUGCAGGCACCCCACUUAACGAAAAGUUCUGCAUUGAUACAACUAGAUGACCGAAUGACUGCUGCCGACGUUGUAGCACCAUUUAAACGACAGGCAGGUUCACAUGACAAGCCUAACAGUAAUCAUGGUUAUAAAAAUCUGCCUCCAAGAUUUCGUAAUCCUGAUAAUGCCCAGUUUGCAGAAGACAAUGCAUAUUUGUUUGAAGUUGGUGGAAAUAUAGGGGAGCGCUGUAUUGAUCCCAAAGCCAACAUAUUGGAUAUUUAUAAAACUAAUCCUCAUGCAGAGUGGAUUAUAAAAGUCAAGUACGAUAGGUAGCAAGAGGUCACACAUAUGAUAUCAUAUUGUACAGGUCACAAUCGUUGUUUAAUUGUAUUAUAUAUUAAUGUUUAUUUUAUGCAAAAAAUGUGCUAAAACUUUUUCACUAUCAUUAUCAAGCAUGUUAAAAUCACAAUUAUAAUAUAUUAGUCUAAUUCAAAUUGAUGUUGUAGUAGUAAGAGCACUGGAUUCUCGACUAAAUUCUCGUGAAGUAAAGUGCACAACAGUCUGAUGGUAUGAAAAACCAGGGUCCACCAGUGUACAUGUUAGUUUGCUCAUGAAAGAACCCUCGACAGUUGGAAUUUGGUGAAUAGUAGGUAGAAACACUGCUUUCCUGGCAAAAUUCAUUUACCUGGCAUUGUACACCAUAUAAUAGUUUAAAAAUGGCCUAAUCUAUCCCAAUGAUAUUGACAUUUGUAUAUUGACAUAUUGGUCUUGAUUAGUUAUUCUUGGAAGACCAAUCAAAACCUUUGAUUCAGAAAAUUUGGGAAAUCUUUUGCAAUGCUUUUAUUUUUCCAAACAGACCCCCCCCCCCCCAAUUAAAAUAUAUGUAGGCAAAUUGUAAUAUUCCAACUGGCCCAGAAAGCAAAUUUUAUGGGAAGAACUAUAUGGAUGGAUUAAAAGGGCACAAAUAACGUCUGGCUAAAUAGAUCUUAUUAAUAUAUUAGAUAUUGCUGUAUACUAUUUUCAGACUUUAGUCCUUUUAGAUAUGCCAUACAUCGAAAGCUUAAAGUGAUCAAUUGUUUUACAAAAAUGGCUGUUGUAUAUAACAUAUAUAAAUCCUAGUACAUGACAUUUUUUUUAUUUUGGUAGUAAGCACAACUUAAAAGAAUAAACAACCAUCGGAUUUUCUUUGUUGACCAUACUUAGGAAAUGAUUGAGAUUACAAAUAAAUAUUUGUUGAAUAUCUGCUUGCUUCACCACAUGGAUUAAAAAAUUACAAUUUUGCUGGUAUUCCAAACUACAAAUUAGCCAAUUUUAAUUGUUCCAAUGAUGAAUCUGCAGACAAAGUUGUUGUUUUUUUUUAGAGAAAAAGACCUAAUAAAGUUCAUCUGAUUUUUUACUUGGUUUUGUGGAAACUAACUUAAAUCUUAUCUAUAACUAAGCAGUUAUUAAAAAAUAGAUUCAGAGCAAUUGACUAUAAAUAUAUCUAGUCUGUCUGAUGUGCAAUAUUUAUAAGUUGAGAUAUUCAGAUAGGCCAAUCAGAAGUCAAAACCAUUGUAAAUGCAAUUUUUCGUAAUGUUGUUUUGUAGUAUAAUUUCUGCUAUUUAGUUUAUCUUUUUAUACGCCCACAUUGGAAUUUGGUUAUUGGUUCCAUAUUAUUUGUUCGUCUGUCGUCCACAAUUACUUGUAGACACACUAGAUUCUACAGUUAACAUCUGAUUGACUUGAAAUUUAUACAUAACAUGGCCACAGGAUAGAGAAUUACUUUUAGAGUUAGUGUCCUUAAUAUUUAGGACCCUAGUGGCUAAAUGCACAGUGUUUAUUCUUAUAAGACUAAGAGGAUUAUUGAUUUUCAACCAUUCCCAUAACUCAAACAGCUGAAGUUAUCAUCUGAUUACUGGCACAUUUUGUAUAUCAAAUUUUAACUGUUUCUAAUAAUUAAUUCAUGGAUUGUUACACUCAGUCAGUUUUAUUGUCUUUUAUAUAUUACCUACAAAAGAAUAGAUCUGUUACCUUUGUGGACUUCUUGGACGACUUAUUGCCUGUGGGUGUUUGUUAAUGUUGCCUAUUAACCUGUCAUGUAUGUAAUAGUGUUAAUUAUCUUAGAACGUUAUAAGUGUAUUACACCUAGAAAAUAUUUUGUCAAUUUGAUACAAAUUCGUCAAAACCAAAGAAAGUCAUGUCAAAUCCAAAUCAAGUUUAUUUUGUAAUCUAGAGUAGAGCUAAAAUGAUAUGAUUACCAAACAAUAAAUAGGCAACUACUAGUGCAUAGUACGACGUGAAUGUAACCAAACGCUAAGAUUUGUGUCAGAUAUCCCACUUCUAGAAGUAAAGAUUUCCCCUGAUUUUAAAGAAAGUUGCCAAAUGGACAAGUGAUCGCAUAGUCCCAAUUCUUUUGCUUUAGAUGAAUAUUACCAAAAAUAUAUACCGGUAUAUAAAGGGAAUACCAAAUUGUUAGUAUAAAAAAUUGAUAUUUGACAUAAAUGUGAUAACGGUUGUGGUGUUCACUAGAUUCUUAAUUUAGAUGUAUCAAAUCUCAAAACCACAUAUCAAGAUGUGGUCAUUGGCCGGACAUAUUUCACCAAUGUGCUACAUGGUAUCUUCAUCAAGUAUUCCUUGUGGUUACAAUAUGUCUGAUCAUGUUUAAAACCAGACUUUUAUAAGUCAGCUUUACAAUAAAAUUAAAUCCAUUGUUAAAUUGUUACUGAUAACGUUUAUAAUUUGUUAUUUUCAUAUUUUGUUACAUGUAUAUAUGUACAAGUACCAGUAUGUAUAUUUCAGCUCAAAUUUUGAGUUUACUUUUUACAUCGAUUAGGCCAGACCAAUUUAUUUUCUUGUUUUACGGAUUUUUUCUGGAAAAAUCUGUAAAGGCAGGAGGGAAAAAAAAAAAAAAAAAAAAAGACCAAAA